AUGGAUCAGAGUAGGCGGAUGAUGGAAUCGUACUCGAGCUCGCGGAUGGUGGACGGUGUCACGGCAAACUACAAGGGCCGGCGGCGAUGGUGUGUGGCGGUCUUCAGUGGGGGGCAUCAGAUGGAGGACCACCUGUUGCAGUUCGACCUAGAGAAGGUGCUCAGGAAAAAAAUACGUGCAGGAAAAAUUGGGUGCAUGUGGCUUCUAAGGAACUUUUUGGUUUUUAGAUUAAUCUCCUGGCACUAUCAAAACAGCUCCAGAUCCUCUGGCCCGCCACCGUCUCCUGUGCUGUCCUUCUUGGUGUCCUUCACCCGGAUUACCGAUCCAAAACUAGCAGAUAGGUUCUCUAACUCACUUCCCCCAAAUCCCUCCACUGUUACAAAAGCGCAGUGCAACUGCUAUGAUUUAGGUGGAUCAUCAUGGAGUGCUUGGAGAGACUACCAUUGCACAAUAAGGGACAAGGCUACAUGCCACAAGAGUCCGAAACAUGAGCAACCUCCUCCAAUGAAGGUUCAGUCCACAGUGGUACUCAGGACUACAAAAUAUCCAAAUAAGGUUGAAAUGAUUAAUGGCUGA